GUGUUAUCCUCGCCAGCGGACCUCCGGCUGGUGACCGGUCUGCGUUGAUUGAAUGGUUGUGAUCCAAACACACUCACAGUCAGUCAGUCAGACGGGUCGUGGAUGCUGAGCAGGAUUACAGUGCUCAGCAGGAGAGCUGCUCCAGCUCCGCCCGCCGCGCUUUGUUUUCUGCGCCCAUCACCAGAAGAACCAGUUUGAUACCUGAGCGCUGUCUCCUGCAGACUCAUGCCGACCCCUCUCUCCGAAAUCACCUUUUUUCUUCUUCUCUCCAGAGAGAUCGGACAGCAGAUAGAUAGAAAGGCCUGCAUGGUUCACUGCAACAGGUCGAGGACGAGCUGAAAUAUAAUUAGUGAUAAUAAAUCUGAUGUGGAUAAAGAAGACAGAGGCAGACAGACAGCAGAGGAGCAGGACUGGUUUGAUGGUUUCAGCUGCAGUCUGCAUGCGACAGAGCGGAAAACUGCCAACAUGAUGCCGAUGUUCCUCACCGUGUACCUCAGCAACAAUGACCAACACUUCAGUGAGGUCCCCAUCACACCUGAGACGCUGUGCAGAGAUGUUGUAGAGCUCUGCAAGGAGCCUGGUGAGGCUGACUGCUACCUUGCUGAGAUGUGGAGAGGCUCAGAACGCGUCAUCGGUGAGGGGGAGCGGAUGCUGGAGGUGUUGCAGCGAUGGGGGCUGCAGAGGGGGGAGGUUCGUUACCUCCUCCAUCACCAGAGAGCUCCAGGACGAGAGUCGGGUGGAUCCAGAGUUGCAGAUCAGAUGAUGAAGAGGAACCAGGUGAAAGCUUCUGUGGAGAGAUGUCUGGAGAACGGGGUCUCUGCACCUCGUCUGGACAUGACACUGGGUGAUUUGCAGGAUCUGGCAACCCGACAGCAGCAGCAGAUCAAUGCCCAGCAGCAGCUGCUGGCUUCCAAGGAGCAGCGGCUACGCUACCUGAAGCUGCAGGAUCAGCGGCAGCAACAGCAGCAGGAAGUGUCUGAACAGGAGCGACUGAGGCAGCUCAGAGAGAACGCACACAACCAGGAGGCCAAACUGCGACGAGUUCGAGCCCUCAGGGGGCAGGUGGAGCAGAAACGCCUCAGCAACAGCAAACUAGUGGAGGAGAUCGAGCAGAUGACCGGUAUGUUCCAGCAGAAGCAGAGGGAACUGCUGGUCGCUGUGUCGAGGGUGGAGGAGCUGAGCGACCAGCUGGAGACGCUGAGGAGUAACAGACUAGAGCCUCCUCUUCCUCCUCCUUCUCUUUCUCAUCACCACAACACCUCCACGUCCUCCACAGCUGAGCUGGAUCGUCUCUAUAAAGAGCUGCAGUUAAGAAACAAGUUGAACCAGGAUCAGAGCGGCAGGCUGCAGCAGCAGAGAGACAGCCUGAACAAGAGGAACCUGGAGGUGGCAGCGAUGGACCGCCGGCUAGUUGAGCUCCGACAGCGGCUCUGGAAGAAGAAAGCUGCCCUGCAGCAGAAGGAGAACCUGCCAGUGGUUUCAGACGGAGCGACCCCUCAGCAUGGUGGGGUCUCCAGAGUGGCAGCCGUCGGACCAUACAUCCAGUCGUCCUCCACAACAAGCUCUCAGGGUCCUCCAAUGCCGGCCUGCCAGGAGGCUCUGGUGAAGCCGGCAUACCCAGACGGCACCGCCACCCUGCCUAUGCCUGACUCGUCCCUGAAGCCGCCUCCCAGACCAGCCAAACCUGCCUCAGGUUUUGCUUCAUCCAAAACCAAACUCUCUGACUGGAGCGGCGCCUUUUCUGAUUCCAGUGGAGGUUACAGCCAUGCCUCCACCCUGCCUCGCAUGUCCAGCCUCAGCUCCUACAACUCAGGUGGUAAGACUCUCACAGACCAAAAGGGCCCCUCUGGGUCUGACAUCCCGCCCCCUGUCCCCUCACGGAUCCCUCACAUUACUGAAAACAUGCUCAGAGACAAUCAGGCAUCAGGUAAAGGUUCGUCCAAGAUGGUUGCACCACCUCCAAUACCCAGUAAGCCCAAACCAUUCUCCUCGUCUGGCCCCCCAACUUUCUCCAAGCCCCCUUAUAGCACUGGGACCUUCCCUGGUAAGGUGCGUCCAGUUGGGGGCCAACUCAAGGCUGCGGGGGUCCUCUCCAGCCACAGCCACACCCUCCCUCUGCCCAACAAGCAGGAGAGUCCGCCAGCUGCCGCCAUACGGCCGUACACCCCAGACAUCUCGGAGGCACCCCAACCUGUUCUACAGAAGCCUCAGACUCUGGCAGCUUCGUCCAUUUACUCCAUGUACACCCAGCAAGCCACACCAGGGAAGGGCUACCAACCAAGUGGUGGCACACUGCCCCGCAGCCAGCCCAGAGUUUAUGGGAAACCAGUCCUCCAAACGAGCGGAGGACAUCAGUCUGCAGCCUCAGACAGCGGUACAAAUUCUGGUUGUGCUGUGACUGAUGGGAGUGAUGCUGACAACAGUUGCCUGGCUAACAGCGAAGGUAUUGGAGCAGAGACAACAGAGCGUGCUACACCACGACCGCUCAGCCCCACCAAGCUCCUCCCUUUCCUGUCAAACCCUCACAGGAACCCCAGCGACGCCGACCUGGAGGCCCUGCGCCGCAGGCUGCACCAUGCCCCCCGUCCCCUGAAGAAACGUAGCUCCAUCACAGAGCCUGAGGGCCCUGCCGGACCUAACAUCCAAAAGCUGCUCUAUCAGAAAACCACUCUAGCUGCCAUGGAAACCAUCCCCAUGGAGACAGUUGUUCCAGCAGGGACAUAUGCUCAUCCUGGGGUUCAUGAGGAUGGGAUAGGUAGUGCAAAUGUAAUGUUCAGAGUCGACGACAAUACCAGAACUGGCUCCAACCAAUCGCUUGCUGAGAGCCCAGAAGACAGCCUGACCCCACCCCCUCUGCCUCCCCGCUUACCCAUCCCUGACCCCACCUCCUGCCGCUCCAUGCCCCCUCCUCUGGAGGACAAGGAGGGGGAGGAGGAGGUGUGUCCAACUGCCUCAGUCCUUCCAGAUUCCUUUGCAGAGGAAUUCCCUCCUUACCCACCCCCACCUUACCCCACCUGUGGUGAGGGGGAGCAAGGAGAUGACUUCAACCUGCAGCCGCCGGAGGUCACAGGGCAGGUCACAGUGCCCCCGGGUAAGAAGUCAAUCCUUCGGAAAGUCAACUCGGAGCGGAUUGACCACAAUAUGCGAGUUAAGUUCAACCCUCUGGCCCUGCUGCUGGACUCGUCUCUGGAGGGCGAGUAUGAUCUCGUUCAAAGAGUCAUCUACGAUGUGGAAGACCCUAGCAUGCCAAAUGAUGAGGGGAUAACGGCGCUGCAUAAUGCCGUCUGUGCUGGUCAUACAGAGAUCGUUAAGUUUCUGGUUCAGUUCGGUGUCAAUGCCAAUGCUGCAGACAGCGAUGGCUGGACUCCCCUCCACUGUGCUGCCUCCUGUAACAAUGUCCAGGUCUGUAAGUUCCUGGUGGAGUCGGGGGCAGCUGUGUUUGCCACCACAUAUAGCGACAUGCAGACAGCUGCUGACAAAUGUGAGGAGAUGGAGGAUGGCUACGCCCAGUGCUCCCAAUUCCUUUAUGGCGUUCAGGAGAAGAUGGGCGUGAUGAAUCGCGGCGUGGUGUACGCCUUGUGGGACUACGAGCCUCAGAGCGAAGAUGAGCUCGGCUUUAGCGAAGGUGACUGCAUGACAGUGCUGAGGCGGGAGGACAAGGUGGAGACGGAGUGGUGGUGGGCAAGAUGUGGUGACCGUGAGGGCUACAUCCCUCGCAACCUGCUUGGGCUGUAUCUAAGGAUCAAGCCGCGGCAGAGGAGCCUGGCUUAACUGGCAGCUGAUAAAUCCUCCAAAACACCAAAAUGGAACGAAAAAAGAGGAGCAGCAGUCAAAUAAACCAAGCUCUGGGCUUAAAAUAUCAGACAGAUGUUUUCUGAUCUACCAUUUUUGGACCUGUUUGGUUUUUCAACCUCAGCACAAAGAAUGUCACAAUGAACUGCUGGAAAAAAACAAGAAGAAACAAGAGUUCAUCUGAACCUUGAAUCAGCAAAUACUUGAUUUUAGCAGAUGAGUCAGUGUUUUUUUUUCCCUUUAUUGCCUCCAACUGAGCACCAGAGGCAGCAGAGAGCCUAAAAAGCAACAUGUGAAAAUUCCUUUGUUUUCAUUACAUUUUUUUAAAGAUGUUAUUGAAUGGUGACAGCUGAGGAGAGAAAUAGGUGGUUUGAUGUCCCAAAUGUUGGAGUCAAAGCAGGGACACAAGGCCACUAUCUGUUUAUUUUCUGUUUUGUUUUGUUUUGUUUUGCUGUUAAAGUAUUCAAAGGUACGUCAUUUUGUUACAGCAUCCACCAGUUCCAUAAAAUGUAGCAAAUAUCAAUAUAUGUUGAAGCCUACGUUACAUUCUUUAAUCCUUAUGUACAUAAAGGUCCAGUGUGUCAGAUUUAGGGGGCUAAAUAAUUUUACACAACAGAACAAUGUUUCCAUUAUUGUGCAAUCA